AUGAUUUCCUUGGUCAGAAAUCAGUCCAUUCCCAGGAACAUCGAAAUAAAUUCAGGUCACUGGUCUGAUCGUGUAAACAUUGCUCAGUGUAGUGGAAGCGCUGUGACUGCUCCAUCAAGAAGUUUGGCCAAACUUACAGCAGAAGUGUUAGAUCAGGGAACAGGCAAUCGAAUUAAAAGUAAUGUGGAAAUUGAUAAUAUCUUUGCGGGCUUCGAACUCAUUCCUCUAAGACCUGGAUAUUAUCGCGGUUCUUCAAACAUAUCAAUAUUGAUAAAAUCAACCGGUGGACCUUCGGUGAGGAUGCAAGAGGUAGAAAUUAAUGUUCGAUGCAUUUCCACUGAUAAAAGACAAACUCUGAAUUUGAGAAGCUAUAAGGGAAGAAUUGGAUUUCUUCUAACUAUACCAUUUUCAUCCAAUCUGUAUGAACACAGUUGUCGAGUGAUACUUAUACAGGCUCGUCGUAAAAUUGGUGGACGUUUCUCGCGUCCUAUCAUUUUGGUGCUACCGUCGGCAGAUCAUUCAAAAUGGAUACAAUAUGGUUGGAUCCAUUGGUCACUUCCCAACAAUGCAACUUAUCGAGUUGGAGAAAAAUUCCGAGCUUCGGUGCCAUUGCAUUUGGCAUCAAAAUUGAAUUAUUUGGUCAUAUGCCAGGAUGAAACGAUCACAGAAGCCGGUCGUGUUCGUGACGAUGGUGAAAUAAUAUUUGAAACGACAGAUGCUAUGAUACCAUAUUGUACACUUAAUGUAUUUAGCUCAAAUGGAACUGUGCAAAUAGAUAUGAUUCUCUUCUUUGUUGAACUUUCGUGCAAGAGUUCCUUAGCAGUUUCUAAAACACUAGCUGGAGUAAAUGACAACUUGACGGUAACAAUAAAUGGUGGUUCCAAUGGUCUCGCCUUAUUAUCAGCAGUCGAUAUACGAAUGCUUGAACUUAUGCAGAAAUAUUCAUCACGUCCAACAUCCAAAUACUGGGACUUGUCAAUGACGGAACGUUCCUCACGAACAUUAUUUCUUGGUCUCAUUGAUUCAAAGAAACUAAGCAGCGAAAUCGGAGAAACAUGUGAGGAAGCGGGUGUCCUCAUGUUACAGCACCUGAAACGCUGCCCAAAUUUUAUGGAUUCAUCAUCAGCUGUUUCGAAUCUUUGUUUACGUUCCUUCAUUUUGGCAUGUGAACGUCUAACUGGCCGAACAACCAUAAGUAAGGUAUGUGACCGGAAAACUGGACGUGGUUGUGAUGUCGAUAGAGAUGGUGUUACAGUUAAAUUGGCUUCUGUUCAAGUGCAAUGGAGAAGCGCAGGUUUUCUAGCAGGUAACAGAACAUGGCUUGACGAUUCCACUCCUGCUUUAUUCCGAAGGGAAGUGGAUUUGAGUCCUGUACUUCGACAAUAUUUCCCAGAAGUUUGGCUUUUCGAAGACUACAAUCUCGGGGCCUCAGGUAGACUAAAUCUAACGAUUAGAGCACCAGACACGGUAACCCAAUGGUCUGUCCAGUCUUCAGCAUGGACACCGGGUGAUCUUGCAGUUUGUCACAGUGCUCCAUCGAUUAUAUCCACGCAGCAAAAACUCUACAUGACAGUCGAUCUUCCGCAACACGUUUAUAUCAAUGAAUCCGUUACCGCACGAGUCUCAGUUUUUGCUGAACAAAUAAAAGAGGACAUAAUGCUUUCGGUUUGCAUAGCGAAAUUGGAUCGACACGUAUGCGGUGACCUGGGAGCACAUGGUGAACGAGGUCAACCGGCCUACACUCGAAUUCAUCUUACAGCAGCAGUUACAACAUCUACCAGAAUAUUCGCCCUUAGGUUUUUGCGCCUUGGAGAAACAGAAGUUAUGUUCACGUUGAAAGAAGAAAUAUCGUACCCGGGACGAUAUCAUUGUGAUGUAGGGGAAAUAUACGACGCUGUCAAAUUAAGAGUUAUCGUUGCUAAAAGGGCGGAAACCGCGGAACAUUUUAAACGAUUGGUAUUGAAUCCACGCAAACCACUUAAUCUUUUAGCUCACACUGUUAACGUACAUUAUUUAAUGAUGGAGAAUGAAACAGGGAAUGGAAAGAAAAAUAUCUUUGAUUAUAAUGAAUAUCGAACAGAGCAGGAACCCCAGAAAUUAUUUGCUAACAUCAGCAUCAAUUUACCUAACACUGAAUCGAUCUAUAGCAUUACUAUCGAAUUUUCCCAAUUCUUAUCAGAGGGACUAAUAACAGACCCGAUCAUCCGGAAUGAAAUAAGUUCACGAUCUAAUUAUCGUUGGAAAAGGAGUGUUUUGAGCUAUGAAUCAUUCCUUACUGAUGUUAUCAGUUCAUUUGCUCCAGCAUUAUAUCAAUUCAAAUCAUUAAAUCCUCUUGAUAGAAAGACUUAUCAAGAAUUUGAAUCUUUAGAUGACGCUAUUGGAUCAUUAAUGUCUGCGAUGUUGACAUUCUCCAGCUGUCAUGGUGCAACUUCUCGAUCAUGCGCUUUCUCCAAUUAUCGAAAAUCAAAACAGCCCCUCGAAGAAUCGUUUUUUUUGACGGCGCUAUCUACAUCGCUGCUUUGCGAAGCCGCUGUUGAUGAGCGAAUUGUGUGUCCACUGCUUACUUAUCUCUUAAAUGAAAUGGCAACAGAUACGGAUACUCAGCUUCCAAUGGACUAUUUUUUGGACCAUAUGAAUUUCACAACGGUGGAAGAUGGGUAUUGGCUUAUCAAAGCAAUAGUAAAUCAACUGGCUUCUGACUGUAUGGCAUACCAAUGUGCGCGUAAUGACCGCGUUUGGAUUAGUUUACGGAAGAGCUUCUUCAAUCUACCAGAUCAUACCGCACUGGAUAUACGUACUGUCGCUGCACUAGCGUUCAUGGCACCACGAUCUGUGAGCAGUAUCAUGCGAAUUAAGCUGUACUCUGCUGCGAAGGAUGGCAUGCUUCCGUAUUGGACAACUGGAAAAAUGUCGGAUGAUGGCUCACUAUUGGCAAAACUUCGAUCUGGAUUCGGCGAUCAUAUGAAACAUCGAAUUCUCAUGAGUGGUGAUUUACUGGUCAAUUCGCUGGGUUUGUUGGCAUUCUUAAGUCGCAGAGUGGAUCCGAUGUUUCCAUUAAUUGAACUCGAUUUAUUGGCUGACUGGAUCUACGAGCAACUAAACGAAGAUGGGCAUACUCCGUUCGCAUUGGAUGCAUAUUUCGCAAAUCGAGCAAUUUAUGAGUAUCGAAUGCAUAAAACGAACCGACGUGAUAGUAAUCAUGAUCGAGUAACGGUUAUUUGUAAACAAUGCAAAUUGAUAGUGCACAAUGUAACGAGCACACCGACUGUUUUUUAUUUGCCGGUAACGGUGCGUAAUAUAACAUUGAUAACGGAAGGAAAUGCAAAAGUUCGGACAGGAAUCCGAGUUCUAACUACAAAAAGAAUGCGGUUGCGCCGUGGUUUAGAGCAAAACGAUUUCUAUCCCACCAAAGUCUCUGUGGUGCAAGAUGUAAUCAGUCCGGGAAUCAUUCGACAAGAAGUUUGCUUGAAGAUUCUAACAUCACUAAUUGAAUCGCUGGAAGUAACACACGGUCUUUUUACCGGUUUCACUUCUCAAGACAGUCUUUUCCGGAUUCUCCAGAAUACAACUCUAUACGGAGUCCGUCUACUGGAUAGCGUUACAGUCAGCAAUUACGCUGUACAUUUCGUCCUCACCGAUCUGAAACCGAAAAUUCCGCUUUGCUAUGAACUGAGGAUAAUGGAGCCAAGAAAUACAUACGAGCCAAAUCAAUUGGCUCCCGUUGCAAUUACUGUCCGGCAUCCUCUUUAUGAUAUAGCCGGUCAAGAGUUAGUGACUUAUAUGGAAAGAUUCAAGCGAUCAUUUCUGGAGGAAACGAUCGAUAUGGUAUGUUGGGAUGGAAGUUGUUCAUGUGCUGAAGCCAGUUGCACAGUUCGAUGCUCACAAUGUCGAAGUAUUACAAAGAAGCAUUUGCAGCAUGAACUCUGUUCAAAAAACAUGUUUGGAGCAACAGUGGAAGUAGAAAACUAUCGGGCUGAAAACCUGAGUGAUUCGGGUUAUUUCAUCAUCGAAGUAUCGUUAAAGCACUGGAAGCAAAGCAAUGUGAAGACAGUACUGCAGAAACCUGAUCGAAUUGAGGUAUGGUUGAGAACAUGUAACAUUCGUUGUGCAGAACCGAAAAUUGGAGAAGUCUACUAUUUUAGUGGCAACAUUAAUGGAAUUGUGGUGGACUUUAAUACCAGGAUGCAUUACGUAUUGCGAGAUGACGAUCGAUGGGAGUGGGCCAGUGAAGAGUGUGGACAUUUGUUUAGCUAUCUAAUUACCAGUGGACCAUGUCCUCUUUGA